GGUGUCAGUAACGUUUUCCGGAAUGGUCUGUCCUUACAUCGAAAUGCUUCUAACUGCUUAAAGACAUUUGCACGUGAAAUUCUAAUUAUUUAUUAACAUAAGGAAUUAUUAGGGUGCUGGUGACGAGAGAAGCUUUUCAGUCAGUCAUGUUCAGGCACUGCAGGACAUUUUCACAUUGUGUCUUAAAAAGUCAGACAAAUUAUGUACUUUCAAAACCAGUUAGGAUUCUUUUGCCCUGGUCACCAUUCACAUGUACCGCAUACCCACAUACUCAUUCUACCAACAUCAAGAUGCGCUCCUACUUACAGUACAUGAAAAGGAAAGUCAAAGGUGCACCAGCUCCUCCAUACAAUCAUGUGUGUCAGGUUGGAGAUCCUGUGUUACGUUCACGGGCUGCGGCGGUGGAACCCGGAGCCAUUCAGGACCCAGAAGUGCAGAAGGUCAUAAAGACCCUAGUCAAGGUGAUGAGGAAGCUUGAGUGUAUCGGCCUGAGUGCACCCCAGAUUGGUGUUCCUCUACAAAUUCUAGCCUUGGAGUAUCCAAAGAAAAUGCUGGAGGACAGCUCAAUCGCUUCUAUUGAAGCUCGGGGUCUGGUGGCAGUGCCUCUUAUGAUUUUUGUAAACCCACAGUUACGUGUACUAGAUGGACGCACUGUCAUCUUCCAAGAGGCCUGUGAGAGCAUCUGUGGGUUUUCAGCAUCUGUUCCACGCUACGUGUCUGUAGAAGUCUCAGGUCUUAAUGAGAAAGCGGAGCCUGUCAGCUGGCAAGCGAGUGGAUGGCCAGCCAGAAUACUGCAGCAUGAAAUGGAUCAUCUUAAUGGAGUGUUAUAUAUCGAUCGCAUGAACAGUAAAACCUUCAUCAAUGUAAAAUGGGAAGAGUUUAAUGAAUAAAGCUUUGGGAACUUCAUUACAACCUUACCUUUGGAACUCAGAGAAAAUGGAUGUUCUUGUCACUCCUGUGUUAUCUAAAACAAACAUUUAAUCACAUUUCACACCCAGAAAUGAUUUCUCAGAUUGGGCAUUUACAAGCAAGCUAGAUUAGACUUAGCCUUUGCAGAUAGCAUAUGGAAAUAACAACAACUUCAUCUGCAAUAGUAGGACAUUUUUUUGUAAUAUAGGGUUCUAAACUG